AUGAACCCCCACAACGAAUCCAAACAAGUAUCCAAGCAGGGAGACAACGAGCAAGUAACACUACACUUCAAAGAACUCCCCCAUCAAAAGGGAAAAACGAAAAAUGACACUGACAGUGAGAAGCUGGGUAAAAAGAGGGAGAUACCUGAGAUCCUUGUUCUUCCUCGAGAACCACCAAGAGCUGCAAGAGCGGAGGGUGGGCGUGGGUUGUUGACUCGUGGGACUACUAAGAGAGAGGGGGGUAAGUUGUUAUAAGAAAGUGUGGAAUUUUAAUUUAUGGUUUGAUGUUGUUAUUAUUAUGUUGCUCGGGUGGGACUCUGCAAGUGAUGUUUUGAGUAGGUAGUAAGGAAAGUCUUUUCUUUCUUUCUUUCUUUCUUUCUUUCUUUCUUUGUUUAAUAUUGUAGUUUGUUAUUGGUUCUGUUGUUCUUGUUGGAUUUGAGUGAGUGAGUAAGUGAGUAAGUGAGUAAGUCCUGGGUAAACAAGCGGAUAUCGUGAGGGUUUAGGGUACUUAUUUAGGUUAGAAUAGCAUACAGAAAAGACGCUGUAG